CACACACACACACACACCUCCUUUGACAAGGACACACACCUUGCCUGAUUUUGUCCAUCGCUUUUUGAAACUGGGACCCAAGCAGGAACUAUAGCCAUGGCAACCUCUGGCAGCGUGCUGUCCGCAGACCAGUUCCAGUGCCCGAUCUGUCUGGACGUGCUGUCGGAGCCGGUCAGCACGCCGUGCGGUCACAACUUCUGCAGCGGCUGCAUCAAGCGCUCCUGGGACAGCGCGGUGGUGUGCCAGUGUCCACUCUGCAAAGAGACCUUCUUCCGCCGUCCGGCGCUCCGCGUCAACACGACGCUACGCGAGGUGGCCGAGCUCGUCCGCAAGCAGAGGGACAGCGGACACGACCUCACGCCUGCACAGCCAGGAGACGUGCCCUGCGACGUCUGCAGCGGAGAGGGGGGCAGCCGUCUCCGCGCCCUCAAGUCCUGCCUGGACUGCGGCACGUCGUUCUGCACGCUGCACCUGGAGCUCCACCAGAGGGCGCCGGCGCUGCAGAGGCACAUGCUCAGUGAGCCGCUGGCCGACCUGGAGGGGCGCGUGUGCCAGAAGCACCGGCGCCCGCUGGAGCUGUUCUGCAGGGACGACCACAUGUGUGUGUGCCAGUUCUGCACCGAGGGAGAACACAAGAACCACAGCACAGUUCCCCUGGAGGAGGAGGGCAAGGACAGGAAGAGCCUGCUGAACCAGACACAGGUGGAUCUGAAGAGCAUGAUCCAGGAGAGACAGGAGAAGAUCUCAGAGAUCAAACAAUCCGUGGAGCUUAGCCGAGUGUCGGUGGAGGCGGAGGCGGCCUCCAUCUCGGAGCUGUUCUCUGUGCUGGUGCUGGUGCUGGAGCGUAGCCGUGGUAACCUGCAGGGGGCGCUGGAGGCUCGGCAGCACGCGGUGGAGACGCAGGCCAACGCCCUGACCGCUCAGCUGGAGCAGGAGAUACACACCCUGCAGAGCCGACACACACAACUGGAGGAGCUCACACACACACACGACCAUCUCCACCUGCUGCAGGUGUAUGCGUCCAUGUGUGUGUUGCCUCCCUGCAGGUCUUGGUCUCUGGUGAGUGUGUGGUCCUAUCAGGACGUCAAUUCGCUGCGCCCACUUGUGUCCAGGCUGGAGGGACUUAUCACUCGGGAGAUGGAUGACCUGCACACAGACUUCGUGCCAGGGCCGGCGGAUGGCAUGGGCAUUCUGGGCAACUGCCCAGGGGUGCCACAGCGUGAGCUGAAGAGGGUGCAGCAGUUUACAGAGCUCAGCAAAGUCCAGCAGUAUGCAGUGGACGUAACGCUGGACGCGGACUCGGCGAACACGUUCCUGCAGCUGUCAGAAGACCGGAGGCAGGUGUGCUGUGGGCAGCGUCGUCAGAAGCUGCAGGACGUGGGGGCAGGGCGUUUCGACCGGGCGGCUUGCGUGCUGGGCAGCGAAGCCUUCGCCCAACGCUUCUACUUCCAGGUCGCGGUCGGCAGCAAGAGCAGCUGGGACGUGGGCGUGGCUAGCGAAGCGGUGACCCGGAAGGGAAAGGUCAAGGCCACGCCGGAGACAGGCUACUGGACGGUGGCUCUGAGACGAGGGGCGGGGCUUGUGGCCAAGGAAACCAAUCCCGUCCCCCUCGCCGCCGGGGCGGGGCUUCAGAUGGUGGGCGUGUUCGUGGACUACCCAAGGGGCGUGGUCAGCUUCUAUGAUGUCACGAGCAUGUCCCACCUCUACUCAUUCACUGGCCAGCGCUUCACGGGCAGGCUCCGCCCCCUCCUUAGCCCAGGCCAGAGGGAGAAGGGCAGAAACUCCGCCCCCUUAGUCAUCUCUGUUGAUCGGCCAAUCACAUGAGCCCAUGCCACCUCCUCUGCAGACUGUCCAAUCAGAGGCUCCUUUUUAGCCCUGACAUCAUUAGUGCAUGUGCAUUGCUAUGACAACCUAGUUACCGCAUUGCUAUGACAACCUAGUUACCGCAUUGCUAUGACACAUCAGCAUAUAGAUAUUAGCAACCUAGUUACCGCAUUGCUAUGACACAUCAUAUAGAUAUUAGCAACCUAGUUACCGCACUGCUAUGACAACCUAGUUACCGCAUUGCUAUGACACAUCAGCAUAUAGAUAUUAGCAACCUAAAUACCGCAUUGCUAUGACACAUGACAUCAGCAUAUACAGUAGAUAUUAGAAACCAGGUUACCGCAUUGCUAUGACACAUCACCAUAUACAGUAGAUAUUAGAAACCUGUUUACCGCAUUGCUAUGACACAUCAGCAUAUACAGUAGAUAUUAGAAACCUGUUUACCGCAUUGCUAUGACACAUCAGCAUAUACAGUAGAUAGAAACCUGGUUACCGCUUUGUCCGUCGAGUUCUUUUAGAUGCCAUACGUCAAUGUGGCCACUAUACUGGUGGGGGCAGCACCUUACUGUCUAUGGGCAGGUGUCAUAGGAGAAUAUUACAAGCUGUUUUAUUGGCAAAGGGAGGCUUAAGAAGUUAUUACAAGCAGCAAAUAUUUAGAUUUUCCUUUUUCUCAAAAUAAAUAAAAGGUUAAAUUUUC